AUGGCAGGCGCUAUGCUACCACUAUAUAUCCUUUUUAAAACCUCGGGUGCCUCAACCGUUCAUCGACGACGGCAGGCUACCCUCGAAGAAGGGUAUCUCCUCCCAAUCUCAUUUGAAUCUUGUUCGCCCUUUACGAGUGUGCCUCCCCAUCCAAAUUCAACGAUCCUUCUGAGCUCCUCCAUUUCUGAUGUCUGGACUACGCGAUGGUGUCGUCAACAAGCCUUUUUCUCUCCGUAUCCACCCCGGACUCCUCAGUACGAGUUCCGACACCUCAAUGCCUGGCGCCACUUCUUGUUCAAACGUACAAACGCGACCAAUAAUGUCAAUAGUUACCGAAAUCUAUGUUUCAAUCAGAUGCUUGUUGAUGUCACUUGCCGUCUCAAUUCUUCGUUACUCCGAAUAUAA